GGGGACUAGCUGUCUGGCGCCAUCUAAAGGAACCGUUCCAAAAAUAAAAUCGCGUCUACAAUAUACGUAUUUUGCGGGUAUAACUUCAAUCAGAUAUUAAUUCUAUAUUCAACCGAUCGGACAAACAGAAAUCAUAAUCAUCGAUUAGAUCGAUCGAAUCCAUGGAAUCGUUGAAGGAGGACGAAGAAUACAAUUGGAGGGAAGUGAAGCUCCCGUCGCUGAUACCGGUGGUUCCGCCGCCAGAACUGGACAGGGAGACCGGAGAGCGGCGCAGAGGCCGGGACAUAAUCAUUGCUAUCGAUCACGGCCCUAACAGCAAACACGCUUUUGAUUGGGCCAUCGCUCAUCUCUGCCGUCUCGCCGAUACCAUCCAUCUCGUCCACGCCGUUUCCAGCUUGAAAAAUGAGAUUGUGUACGAGAUGACACAAGGGCUUAUGGAGAAGCUUUCCGUCGAGGCUUUUGAAGUUGCCAUGGUAAAGACGCAGGCUAGAAUUGUGGAAGGAGAAGCAGGUAAGGCUAUAUGCAAGGAAGCAGAAAGGUUGAAGCCCGCAGCUGUGGUUAUGGGUACUAGGGGAAGAGGCUUAAUCCAAAGUGUCUUACAAGGUAGUUUUAGUGAGUACUGCUUUCACAACUGUAAAGCAGCUCCUGUAAUCAUAGUACCUGGAAAAGAUGCUGGAGAUGAAUCAGUGCUUUAGUGGAUCUAAGGUUUGGCUUUGAUUUGUGACCGAUAUAUUUGGUAGCUGUAGCUGUUUUAUGUAGAUCAGGUGACCUUACUAAGUAUUGUUGAUUUGCUUGACCAUAUAUCAAAGAAUUAUGUAAUACAUUGGUGUAUUGCGAUGAGUGUGUGUGUUCGGGUGUGUUGUCUUACCUGUCUAUUAGUCUAUAUUGGUUAAUGGAAAUCUUGUUGAAACACCAAAACUAUCUGUCCAAAAUCUUUUUGUAAUACAACCAUCAUGUUAUUUUAUAUUUUAAGU